AUGGAUCCCUACGACAGUGAUUCUAGCGGAGAUGAAGACUUUGACGAUACUGGUGUCCUGCUAGGAUAUGCUGCUGAAGAACUCAUCGAAGACACAAUCAGCCAUCUUGGAGGCACUCCGAAAUGGUUAGAUGAAGCAUCACCCGCACCUGGCGAUUUCGCCAAUUGCAAGGUCUGUCAUAGCCCGAUGCUGUUGCUCCUCGAGUUGCACGAAAACCCUGCAACCGGAAACCUGGCAGUAUCAGAGCAUUCCGCGCAUCGCGCAAGGUCGCCAUCGGCAGCCUACCGAAAAAAAGAGGAGGAGGCCAAGACAGAGGAAAAAUCGCAGCCCAGUGCACCCGAACAACCCAAGCAGGACCUGGGUGCAAGCCUGUUCGGCGCAGCGAACCUGACCAGCAACAUCUCCGCCAACUCAAAUCCUUUCUCCUCCAGCUCCGGCCCGACACCCGCCGGAAGCAACCCGUUCGCAACACCGGCCUUGUCAACCCCAGCACCAGCAGCCGAGAAGCCCGCACCCUCCGCAAACAACUUGGCCGAGUCCUUCGCCGAAAAAGUGCGUGUCUCAUCGCCGCCGCCCUCGGCUGCCACCAAACAAACGCCUGAAUCAGUCACCGCUGCACCAUGGCCCGAGCAGUCCGCAUUCCCCCCGCCAUACAAGAAUUUCUAUCUAGAUGCCGAAUACGAAACCAUCUCGCGGCCAUCAACACCUACAGUCCCGGAUAAUGUCCAAAUGGAGCCUAUGGAGGAGGAAGGCGCCGGCGGUGCCGAGCUCAAAGAUACCUUUGAGUCCGAGCUCGACAAGGCCUUUAUGAAGUUCUCUACUCGCCUUUCCCACAACCCGGAGCAGGUGCUGCGCUACGACUUCCGCGGUGCGCCGUUGCUGUACUCAACUACCGAUGCCAUCGGUGCCCGGCUGCAAGGGAACAAUAUCCCUGGGGCCAAGAUUACUACCAUUGGUGCGGGUAGCAUUCCCUCAUGCGAGUACUGUGGCAGUCACCGUGUCUUUGAAUUCCAACUUGUGCCGCAUGCUAUUACCAUGCUUGAAGAGGGCCGCGCUGGCGUUGGACUUGGCAAGAAUGAUGCGGGCAUGGAGUGGGGUACUAUCAUCAUGGGAGUUUGCUCUAAAGAUUGCGCGCCGCAGGAGCUGGGCGUUACCGGCUGGCGGGAGGAAUGGGCUGGUGUUCAGUGGGAAGAGAUGAGGUAA